AGAGACCUGUUUGGAAUCUUAUAUAAUUAAUUUUUAUAUACAUCUGGCCAUAAUGCCUAACUCUCAAGCCCUCUUGAAUUUCCCUAAGCGUAGAACUAGAUCUGGCAUGACAAAAUCUCCAGCUCAUUACUCCCCUAGUAGAAGCUAUUUACUUGUUGAGCCACCCAUAACAGCUUCUCGCCCUUCCACUAGACAUGCUGCAUCUAAAGCCAAAACCAGAAAUACUGCAUCAGCUGUUUACUCCAUUGACAGCAGCUCUUGUGAUGAAUCCCCAAGAAAAUCCUUUACAGCCAAGGUUAAAUCACCAAAGAGGAAACAGCAUGAUGCAUCAGCUCCACAAGACAUUUACUGCUCGCCUAUCAAGUCCCCACGGAAAAAUUUGCAGACCAUUUCUCCCAUUCGGCUUAAAGCUGUCUCUGCCUCUACCUUCAUGACUGUGUCUAAGAACAACUCAAAAGAAAAACUAAGUUCAAUAUUCUCCAUGGACAGCAGCCAAAAUGGCAGCAAUGCAUCAGAUUCAAGCGAUGAUGAAGUAGAUAUUUCUUGCCAUGAUACUCCUGUAAAAGAAUCCUUUGCUAAUGGAAAAAAAUCAGUUCACACUUACCAUGGAGAAAAGGAGAAUGUUGCACCUAGAGUACCUGUGCCCUCUCCUGGCAGUCAAGCUACAACGCCCUCUACUAUGAGUCUCCGGUCCUCGCUAUCAAGCCCCUCUGCACUGUGCAUGAAGCUCAUCACUUUACUGUCACCAGUGAAGCAGGUGCAGAAUGAUGUUAAAAGCAUAAGUCCCUUGCUGACCUCUAGAGAAAAAAUGCAUACACUGAAAGACCUUAACAGCCCCAGAAAGUUAUCGGGAAUUUCUAGAAAUUUGUUUUGCCAUGACAAAGAAAACUUAGGCUCUUCCGUUUCUUCAAAAAAUUCAGCUGAAGCCUCACCAUCUAGUGAUAGUUCUUCAGUAGUACAGCUUAAAAAGGUUCAAGUUCAGCUCUCUGAUGUUCUUGUGGAAAAUUCUAUGUAUACACCUGCUGUUGUCAAAAGUCCUCUUAAAAAAGGAGGAUUUAUCCAUAAGCUGAAUGAAACUGAAUGUGUUGAAGUCCCUUCCAGUCCACUCAAAACGCCCAAAAAAUUCACUGCAAAUUUGUACAAGAAAGAAACGUCCAUUCCUGAAAAAGAAUCUCCUAUGAAGAUUAUUGCUGCUGCUAAUGUCCAACAUCCUUGUUCACCCUUGAAGAAGCUCAUUGUGACCGAGAGUAUCCUGAGAAGGUCUCCUCGCAAACAUUGCCCUCUCAACUCCCCUAGCAGACCACUCCUGACACCCACCAAGAAGACCUCAACCAAUGGAGUUUCUCCCUUGAAACUUAACCAGGAUAAAGUGUUCGUUUACCAAGCCGUAAGACGAGCUCUGAGCCACACAAUGCCGGAGUUAGUUGGACGUGAUGUUGAGGUAGCGACCAUCAAGUCGUUCCUGCAGAGCUGCCUACAGGAGAACCAAAAGCGUGCCGGGGCGAUGUACAUCUCAGGGGCUCCCGGCACCGGAAAGACGGCUGCACUCACACGGAUCCUUGAAACAUUGCCCGAAAUAAAAGGAAUAUCGCCAGUGUGGGUGAACUGCAUGGGCCUGCAAGGGGCAAGUGCAGUUUUUGCUCGCAUCUCUCAAGAGCUUGCACUGCCGCAGCAACCCACGGAGCUGAAAACUUUGCGAGCCCUCGAGAAACAUUUCUCAAAGAAGGGCAAGAGCAUUGUAUUGGUGCUGGAUGAAGCGGAUCAACUGGAAACGCGUCAUCAGGAGCUUCUGUACACAAUAUUCGAGUGGCCGGCCCUCCAAUCGUCGCGUUUAGUGCUGCUUGCCAUCGCCAACAGACUGGACCUCACUGAGCGCGUGCUGCCUCGACUAGCGACGGCGGGCAACUGCGCCCCUGAGCGCCUGCACUUCCCGCCAUACACCAAGCAGCAGAUUCUCGAUAUCCUCACCGACCGACUUCACAAGAGCCAGGUGAAGUGGCAGGAUGUGAUCAGACCAGCCGCCCUUCAGCUGCUGGCUGGCAAGGUUGCUUCAGUUGCGGGCGAUGCCCGGCGCGCGUUGGACGUGUGCCGUCGCGCUGUCGACACUUGCAGCGGUAGUCAACAAUCAACCAAAGGUGCAUCUACUGCUCCUAAUGCUACUGAAAGAGUUGUGGACAUUGCCACGAUUCUGAAAAUUUUCAACGAAGUCUAUGGCUCGCGAGUUGUGACAACAAUUGCGUCUGCUCCUGCGGCUUUCCCUUUACAGCAAAAAAUUCUUCUUUGCUGUCUUUUGCUGGUGCAUAAACAUGCUAAACAAAAGCACACCACGAUGGGCAAGCUCCAAGAGAUCUACAGCAGCGUGUGUGCGCACCGCCAGUUGCCGUCCGUCGACUCGAGCGAGUUCCUAUCUCUGUGCUGCAACCUCCAAACUCGCUCUCUGAUCGACAUCGGCAAGAGUAAAGACAUCAGGAUGGCCAAGGUGAUGCUGUCGCUCAACCCUGACGAAGCGGAGCGAGCGUUGGCAGACCGGGAGCUCAUCCUUCAAAUCCUCGAGGAUCGUGAAGCGUUGGGUAGAUUGGCCAAGAAGAACUAGUGCACGCAAUUCCCAAGUAAUAAUUAUACAGGGUGCUUAUGAACCAGAUCAUUCUUGCUUGUUAAUUCGAAAGGACAGCUUUACAUUAAAACCCGCUUCACGAGUACGACGAGACGUAAGAAGUUGCGGUUUUGUUUUAUAUUUUUGACUAGUACAAUAUACCAUUCUUAAGAAGUAUUCAAUUUACUUUACUUUUAACUUCCGAUUAUGCGAGAGGAAAUUACGACCGUGCUAUAAUUUUGCCAAGUCGAAGUUGAACGGAUCUCAAAAUUUGUAAGAACUCGCUUGGAGACUAGCUCAUUGCACAGUACAGUAUCUUCAGCGUUGAAGAAUAAGCCUGGAUAGGCCUUUCGGUUAUUCCUGUACUUUUCCUGACUAGUUCACAGAUCUGAAAGACUCCUUCACAUCAAAUAUAUUCAACGGACGGUAGGGUUACAAUUGUCGCUUGACAGCUAGUGCCAAGUUAAUGACGAAAAACUGUUUGACAUACAAUUCAAGGAACUUGGUCAGCUCUUGCAGGAAAUGUGUCCUCUAGUUUGCACUAGGUGAAAAAAUGGUUUCAGUGUACGAUCAGAUAUUUUGAUACCAGAUGCAGAAUAAACGGCAGUCCUGCACGCAGGCUAACAGUAAGAUGAAUUAAAAUAUAAUUUCUUAACAGCA